AUGGCAUGGAAAAUCGAUGAGCUCAUCGACGAUUCUGAUCUUGUCUACGAACGAGAUCUCGCCAGAGAUGCGAACCAGGAAUCAAUAUGGCUCGACUACUACAACCACAAGCUAGCCAAACACGUCAACAGCCCAGAGACCAAACAAACAUAUCGUGAAUUGGUCUUUGUACUUGAGAGAGCGGUACGACAAUUGCCUCACUCCCACCAGCUCUGGUCCCGGUACUAUGAAGUCAUUGGCGAGCCAGACGAAACUGCAAGCCAGAAACAGAUACAACUAUUUUCCAGAAUAUACGAACGAGCAACUGCCAAUUCCCUGGAAUUGGAUGCGUGGCUCGUAUAUUUGCAGUUUUUGACAGAGUUCUGCAAUUACGAAGUGACGUUGAUACGAAGAACAUUCGACAAAGCCCUUUUGGCUGUGAAUUCCAAAUACCACUACCAUAUUUGGAAACAGUAUGUUAAGUUUGCUGAUUCUGUGGGUGGACCCACAGCAGCAGCAAUAUACAAGAGAUAUUCCCAAUACAUAGAUCCGGAAAUCCUAGCAAAGAAGAGUUUAGAAACAAAUUUUCCAACUUCGAUUGAAGUUCAAUCCUUAUACGACUUUAUAGAUAAGUUUAAAGAAUUAGGUGCCCAAUCAGAAGUAAGGAAUAUCUACGAGCAGUUACUAGCCAGUCCUGAAAAGUACAAAUCGUUGGGUACACCUUUGAAGUUCUUGCAAGAAUACAUUGACUUUCUUAGCAAAAGAGAGGAAGAAGAGAACUUCGACAUCCAGGAAAAGUCUUCAUUAAUAGAAUCGUUAAUACUUCAGGCCAUUCAGCUAGAUCCGGAAAACUUGGGGGAAAUCUAUAAGGGAUUCUCAAGAUAUCUCCAGACUCCUAAUGUGAGUAUCGAUGCAAGAUACUAUUUCGAGAAAGGAUUGAAAAACUGUCUUACAGUUCGAGAUUUUGAAAUCAUCUACAGGCUCUACACUAAUUAUCAGGAAGAAAAACUUGUCCAGCUACGUGAUGAUAUCAAGAAAUACCCAACAGAAGACUCGUACAGCAUAGAAUUCAACUUCAGAAUUCACUGUUUAGAGACAUUAAUAGACAACAGACCAAUCCUUUUGAAUGAUAUGAGUUUGAGACAAGAUCGCAAUAAUCUCGAUGCAUGGUUCAAGAGAGUUGAUAUAUAUGGCGAAAACUUGAACCAAAUAUUAAAGGUAUAUGUUUCAGCAAUUUCAAGCAUAAAUCCAUUUCAAGCUCAUUCUGCUUCGGGAAUUGAAGCAAAUAAGCUCUCUAAGAUAUGGAUCGAUUAUGCAUCCGUGUAUGCUUCAAGAGAAGAUUAUUCUACUGCCAACUUGAUCUAUCUGAAAGCAGUUGAAUCACAGUUCAGAGAUCUCGACGAACUAGCUGAAUUAUACAUCCAAUGGAGUGAAAUGUUGCUACAAAGUAACUUUGACGAUGCCGACCUGAGAUCUUUACUGGUUAUUGAAGACGUGCUUCUCAAGAAGUUUGAUCCUGAUUUAGACAAGCAUGCAAAGCAGAGUGUCCAGUUCAGAAUCCACCGCUCAACUAAACUAUGGAUGUUCUAUCUUGACUUGCUAGAAUCAUUUAUUGAGGACAAAGAUCUGACUUCCGAGAUAGAAAAGGUCAUAAAGGCAUACGAUAAGAUGAUAGAAAUGAAGAUCGCAACAGCACGUACCAUCAUAAACUACGCUCAAUUCUUGCAAAGCUGGAAAUACUUCGAGAAAUCAUUUAAAGUCUACGAGAGCGGAUUGACUUACUUUAAAGAUUCAGAAGUGCGGUACCACAUUUGGAAGUUGUACUUACCGGAGAUAUUGCAAAGAGAAAAUAUCGGAAUAGAGAGAAUAAGAGACUUAUUUGAGAUGUGCUUAUUCGGAAAUGAAAACGAUGUAGGAAUCCCAGCUCACCUAAGCAAGGAUUUGAUUCUCCAAUACUUUCAAUUCGAAAAGGGUAAAGGGUUCCUCAUGAACAGCAUUCGUAUUUUGAAAAGUGGAAUACAGAAACUUCGAAAGGAGUGGCUGGAGCAGAAUGUAUCAAGAAAUGUCAGAAACAAUCUAGCAAUCGAUAAGUUCGAUCUCUACAAGAAAGUCUUUGAAACCAUCGGUAUUCUACAAGAUACAGACGAAACCAGAAAUGCUUACGAACUGGCUGUUCAGGAUGACCUGUUGACACUACCACAAAUAAUUGAAGUCACUAACUCUUUCAUCAACUUUGAGAAGUCGCUCAAGCAAUUAGACAGAGUUAGAGCGUUGUUCAAGUUUGUGACGAGACUAUCGGCACCAGAUGCAAUUAUUAUGAAACAAGUCUGGGAGGCGUGGGAACAGUUUGAAGUUGAAUAUGGCAGCGAAGCUACAUUCAAAGAUAUGUUGCGGUUCAAAAGAACUGUUGUGGAGGAAUAUGCUAGAAAUGAAUUACUUAAGAACUCCCUUAAUCCCAUGGGUUUUGUCAAAUCGUCUACUGGUCCUAAGGUGAGUUCCAUUAAUGCUCUGGAAGAAAGCGAGCCACAGAAAGUAAACGAGGAGGCUAAUCCUGAUCAAAUAGAGAUGGAUAUGGAUGACUUAUAG